AUGUCGACAAGAGCUCCGUUGUUUCCCAGUAAACCUUUCGUAGUAGUGUGGAAUGCACCUACUGAACAAUGCCGGCUACGCUACAAAGUGGAUUUAGAUCUAAACGUUUUUGAUGUUCUAUCAAAUCCUAAUGACACCUUGAAUGGGCCUACCGUGACAAUAUUUUAUCCCAAUCAGUUGGGAUACUAUCCUCAUUUCCAUGAUCAUAGAGAUCCCGUCAAGGGAGGUAUACCGCAGAACCAGAGCAUCAUCAAUCACCUAAACAAGGCCAAGUCAGACAUUGAUCAUUCAAUUAGAAUGAAGACAUUCCAAGGGCUUGGAGUCAUUGACUGGGAAGACUGGAGACCUCAGUGGGACAGGAAUUGGGGAAAAAAAGUAAUUUACAGAAACACAUCUCUUGAUCUUGUUAAAAAAAGUCAUCCUGAGUGGUCAAAGAAUUCAAUUCUCAAAGAGGCUAAGGAAGAAUUUGAAAAUGCUGGCAAGAAUUUUAUGACCAGCACCCUUACUCUUGCUGAAGAUAUGAGACCAAAAGGGUUAUGGGGUUACUAUCUGUACCCAGACUGCUAUAAUUAUGAUUAUAAGAUUAAGACCAAGACAUACACAGGCAAAUGCCCAGAUCUGGAAUAUUCCCGUAAUGAUCUUCUGCUUUGGCUUUGGAAAGAAAGCACUGCCCUUUAUCCUUCAAUAUACCUGGAAUAUAUGUUGAAGUCAAGUACAAAUGCUUUGAAAUUUGUACACUAUCGAGUUAAGGAGGCAAUACGCAUUGCUUCUAUAGCUAGGAACGACUAUGCUUUACCCAUUUUUGUUUACUCUAUGCCUUUUUAUUCCUAUUCCUUUGAGCCUUUGUCAGAGAUUGAUUUGGUGCACACUAUUGGUGAGAGUGCAGCCUUGGGGGCAGCAGGAGUCAUCCUUUGGGGAAGCAUGAAGUAUGCCAGUACUUCUGAGAGCUGUCUUACUGUGAAAAAAUACGUAGAUGGUCUCCUUGGACAUUACAUUGUUAAUGUGACCACCGCAGCCAAGAUCUGUAGCAAAAUCAUCUGUAAGAGGAAUGGAAGAUGCAUUCGUAAAGACAGUGAAUCUUUUGAUUAUUUGCACUUGCAUCCUCAGAGUUUUAAGAUUAGGUUUUCCAAAACAACAAACAAAGUCUAUGUGGUAGGAAGAAUGAAGAGGAAAGACAAGGUGGCCAUGAAAGAAAAAUUUAUGUGUCAAUGUUACCAAGGCUGGACUGGGAAAUAUUGUAAAGAAUAUUAUGAGAAGGAAGGAACAGAGGGAAGGAAGCCCUGCUAUUCAGAAGGAAGUAGCCCUGCUAUUCUUAGAUGCAUUCAAUAA